GGAGCGAGUCGGGAGGCGCGAAGGCGCCGAGCAGAGCAGCCUCCGAAGGGAGACGAUGCCUCGGCUCCCUGGCAGAGUGGGGCUGCUCCUCGGCGCGGUGCUGCUGCUGGUGCUGCUGACGGCGCUGCUGGCCGCGGUGCGAGGGCUCCCCCUGGGGAAGCCGCGGGGUCCCGGACCCCGGCCCAGGAGCCACGCCGGGCUGGCGGAGGUCUCGGCCUCUCUCAGAGAAGAGGAGGAGACACCACUGCUCCCUGGAGCCCGCUUCCCAGCAGGGUCUCAUGAACCCAGGCGCCGGGCCCUCACCGAGCCAGCAGCCCUGACCCCAGGCCAGGCCACCACUCCCGGGACCCUGGAGGACACCCCCUUGCUGCGGGAGCUGCAGAAGCUGCCAGGAUUGGCCAACACAGACUUGAGUGCCCCGAACCCCAACAUCCAGGUGACCAUCGAGGUAGAGGAGGACCCCCAGGCCGAGGUGGAGAUGGACCUGUUGGCCGAGCCCAGCAACCGCUGGCCCCAGGAUGCCCCCAGCUGGCUGCCCACCAAGGGGCUCUUCUGGCCCCUCUUCUGGGGCUACACGGAGGGCGAGAAGGGGGAGACCCACUUCAAGGGCGGAGCCUUGGGGGAUGAGGAAAAGGAGGAGGAGGAGGAGUAUCCUGCAGAAUACAGCGAGGGAGAAGACCUGGAGGGUGACGAGGAGGGUGACGAGGAGGAUGAGGAGCGGGAGCCUGGGUUCAGUGGCUGGGACCAGGGCUGGCUGGCCCCUGGGGACUGGCCCUUCAAGGAGACGGACAGCUAUGACUAUGAGCCUCAAGAGGAGUGGAGCCCCUGGUCUUCCUGCAGUGGGAGCUGUGGCAACAGCAGCCAGCAGAGGACUCGGCCCUGCGGCUACGCCUGCACUGCAACUGAGUCCCGUGCUUGCAGCUUGUCCCACUGUCCUGGUGCUGAGGAUAAGGACACACUCGGCUUCCCCAGUGAGCAGUGGCAGCCCCUGGACAAUGCCACGGACAUGCUUGACCCAGACGUGGACAGCUGUGAGAAGUGGCUGAACUGCAAGAGCGACUUCCUAGCCAAGUACGUGAGCCAGGUGCUGCGGGACCUGCCCAGCUGCCCGUGCGCGUACCCGCUGGAGGCCGGGUACAGCGCCGUGAGCCUGCGGGACGAGCUCCAGGGCCGCAGCUUCCGGUGGCGGGACGCCAGCGGCCCGCGCGAGCGCCUGGACGUGUACCAGCCCACGGCGCGCUUCUGCCUGCGCUCGCUGCUGUCCGGGGAGAGCAGCACCCUGGCGGCCCAGCACUGCUGCUACGACGAGGGCAGCCGGCUGCUGACCCGCGGCAAGGGCGCCGGCGCGCCCGACCUCAUCAGCACGGACUUCUCGCCCGAGCUGCACUUCAAGGUGGACACGCUGCCCUGGAUCCUGUGCAAGGGGGACUGGAGCCGCUACCACACCGUGCGGCCCCCCAACAAUGGCCGGGCCUGCGCAGACAACCCCUCUGAGGAGGAGUACCUGGCCCAGUUGCAGGAAGCCAAGGAGUACUGAGGAGGGCUGCUGGGCGGAGACGCAGGGAGGGAGGGGGCCGGUGGCUGCGGUGCUGGAGCGCUCCCCUGCCAGGUCCCCUCUGGGUGAGGGCGGGGGCUCGCCAAGCCCGAGGGCAGGCUGGGGCUGCCUGGCCCCCCAGGUGUCGCUGUGGGGUUGGGGAGAAGGUUGAAGGGUGCCAAGGGCCCAGGUGCAGGGAGGGCCCCAAGGUCGCUGAAGGUGCAGGGGAAGUGUGCAGGGGACCUCCAUCUCCUGCCCUUUGGGAGGGCUUGUCCAAGCUGACCACUUACUUUUCUCCCUCUCCCUCUGAACUUGGCCCUUCUGUCCUGGCUCUGCCCACAAGCAUGAGCCUGGCUCUCCAGAUCCCCCGAUUCCCAGGACCUCUGGGGAGCUGCUGUUCAUCACUCGGACCCUCACACUCAAUGGCCAGCUGAGGCAGAGCCAGUCCUUUCAACCUGACCUACAGCUGCCCUUUGCCAGGGUCCAGUCCUUGUGUUUAGGUGGCACACGUGCCCCUCUUACCCCACCCCUUGGAGCUUGCCCAGGAAAGACAGCCAGCGCCUACAUGAGCCUUCCUGGGGGACACCAUCUAGUCUGGGGCUGAAGGCCGUCUGUUGUGGGGGCUUAAGCAGGCUAGGUUGAGGCAGCUGGGAGCUGCACUGCCCCAAGGCAGGGGUGGCAGCUUGGUACAGCAGCAGGAUUGGGGGGAGGUAGAACUGGCUCAGGACCGGGCAUUGCGUGCUUGUGGAGUGCUGGGGGAUGGGGAUCCCUGAUUUGGAGCUUUUGGCCAUUUCUGAGGUGUAAAGACCCUCCCUCCCCUCCAUGGCCCAUUUCAGGCUCCCCACGACAUGUUGCUAAAUACACUGAAUGCAGCUUCAGGAAGAGAGCACACGGCCAGCUCUAGAGCACACGUUGUGUCUCUUCCCUGCCUCCCCACUCCCCCCAAACCACACUUCCUUCCCUUCUGUGGGGUUGAAAGGUUGAAGUUCCAACUGUCUGUGUUCACAAAAGCCUCCGGAAGGUAGGGACUGUAGCCCCAGCCCAUAGACACUGCCCUGAAACUCUCUGGGAUCCUCAGCAAUA